AAUCUAUUGCACAUUCUAACAAUGUACGUAUUUUAAGCCACAGAAAGAUUAGAAGAUUCCCAAAAUAUUAACUCGUGAUGAUUCCAUUUUCAAACGGUUUUGGCAUGUACGGCCAACUAAAACAAGCAAUCAACAACAAACCACCGAGGCAGCUCACAUUCUGCACAGAUUUCGACAAAACUAUAGUUAUCAAUACGUUUAUCGACCGAGGAUGGAAGCAAGUAGAGCCUACAGAAGCUUGGAAUCUGUACUGGGCGAAUACAAGCAACUGCCGGUCUAUAUUCAACGUAGGUAAUGGUGUUUCACUCAACGACUACCAACUCAUCAACCAUUUCCCAAAACACUACGAAUUAGUUCGUAAAGACUUACUAGUCAGAAACAUAAAGAAAUACCGCAAAGAAUUAGAAAAAGAAGGAAACCCUCUAGCUGAGAAAUGUGAAGUUAUACAGGGAAAUCACAAAAUCACUCGUUAUUUGCAUCUAGAUUUUAUUCCAGUAACCUAUGGAUUGCCUUCAGAUUAUAAUCUGUUUGUGGAGGAAUACCGACGCUACCCCAACAGCAAAUGGAUCCUCAAACCAACAAGCAAAUCACAAGGAGAAGGUAUUUUCCUCAUAAACAAUUUGUCAAGACUAAAGAAAUGGUCCCGAGAAUCGAGGAAUUACUUACAUCAUCGAUUUACCAACAAGGACUCUUACGUUAUAUCGCGCUACAUAGAUAAUCCGCUUUUGAUUGGAGGAAAGAAAUUCGAUUUGCGGAUUUACGUCCUCGUUACGUCUUUUCGGCCUUUAAAGGCUUACAUGUUCCGACAAGGCUUUUGCAGGUUCUGUGCGAUGAAGUACGAUACGAGUGUGGCUGAACUGGACAAUGUAUACGUGCAUCUGACGAAUGUGAGCGUUCAGAAGCGUGGUGUGGACUACAAUCGUUUGCAUGGCGGCAAACUUGGUAUGCAAAAUUUAAAGUUAUAUUUAGAAGGUACGCGAGGUCGGGAAGUAACCGAGCGGUUGUUCCGCGAGAUACAAUGGCUCAUAGUGCAUUCCCUAAAAGCUGUGGCGCCAGUUAUAGCGAAUGACCGCCAUUGUUUUGAAUGUUACGGUUACGAUAUUAUCAUAGAUGCGGAUUUGAAGCCGUGGCUUAUUGAAGUGAACUCGUCGCCUUCGAUGACGCCGACAACGCGGAACGACGGUAUCCUGAAGAGGAAAUUGUUGGAGAAUAUGUUGUCUGUGAUACUCCCUCCCAAUGGGAUACCUGAUGCUCGCUGGAGAAAGACGCCGAACGACAGAGCUUUGGGGGACUUUGAACUGUUAAUAGAUGAAACUAGGUUAUGUACAGAAGAUUCAUAGGUGUUACUCCCUAAAAUAUGUUUAAACAAGCAUAUUUGAUUUGAAAUAUUUCUAUGAUAUGAUCAAAAAUAUAAAUACAUACUCAUUAUGUAUAUUUGUGUUUAAUAAAUAU